UGUGGUUUUUGUUUCUCGUGUUUACGUUUAUAAGCUGAAUAUGAAAACAUUAAUGAUGAUCCUUUUAUAUUCUCAUGAAAACUAGUCUAUAUAAAUCUUCUACUUAACUAGUUAUUUACAACAACAACAAAAAAAACUAGUUAUUUACUAUUUGUUUUGGUUUGGCGGGUUUUGUGAAACGGGUUUUCUUGGUCGUAGUUUUGGCCGGGUUUACAGUUGGAGUUUUGGCAUGGUUUGCUAAAUCAUAGUUUUAUAUCUUUGUUAAUCAAUGUUUAUACUAUACAAUCCUCGCAAAUCUGAUACUAGAUAUUUACUGAUCAUUAGUUUGAUAUACAGUAGUUAAUACGAUAUAAAGUGAGAUCUUACAAAAACAUUAAACUAAUAAAUGUAUGCUAAUUUCUUGAUGGAAUGAUCUACACAGAUACUGAUUAUGUGCAAGUUAAUAUACUGUAAAAUAGCAAAAGAUCUUUACAUAAUAUUUAAAAUAUUCGAGAAAUAUAUCAUAGCUCUUUGUAAGGGAAUAGUUUAUAGAGAAUGAUAUGUAAUUCCAUUUCCUCACGUCACUUUCCCACAAAAAAGUUACGAGGCUCGGACUUUUGCAUAUAUAAAUACGCGUACCUGCGUAGAAGAAGACACAUACCCACAACAACAACAAAAAUCUUGAUUUGUCGUGUUUUUGAUUUCGCUCAUAAUGUCGUCCAAACUUUUAACCUUCUUGUUCGUCCUAUCUCUUGUGGCGAUCCACCACAUCCCUGUCGUGACAUGCAGACAAUGGUGCAUGGCGAUGCCUAAUGCUUCAGAUGAGCAGUUACAAGCCAACAUUGACUACGCUUGCAGCAACGGCGUCGAUUGUACACAGAUCCAACCCGGGGGAGUAUGCUAUGAACCAAACACUCUUUAUGACCACGCGUCGUAUGUGAUGAACGCUUAUUACCAGAGUCAUGGUCGCAUUGAAGACUCUUGCAGGUUCAACCGCAGCAGUUGCUGGGUCUUUGUCGACCCAAGUUAUGGCUCAUGUGUGUACUACACUUGAAAAGCAAUAUUAACUGUUUUGAAAUUGCGUUAUUACUUGAUUGUGUUUUUUUUUUUAAAUUGGG